AUGUCGUCCAUGCUCGAUGUGAGGGACGAUCGCAGGUCCAGGUCUAAAUCCCCGAGCGGUCGCGACAGAGAUCGAUCGAGAUCUCGAUCACGCGACGCCCGAGACCGGGACUCGCCCGACGAGUACAGCAGCAGGCGAUCGAGCAGGAAAUACGCCGAACCACAGGAUGACCAGGAGCAAGAUCGUGGGUACAAGGACAGGCGUUCUAGCAAGAAAUAUUACGAUGAGGAAGAAGAAGAGCAGGACCGUCGCAAUAGGAGGAGAAGCUCGAAGAAAUAUGCGGACGAAGACGACGAAGAGGACAAAUAUCGCUCUUACAGGUCCAGCAAGGACCCUCGAGUUCAAGAAAUAGCGCCCUCGGACGAUGACAGGAACUAUGAACGAAGGAAGAAGUCCGACAGCGACUCGGAUCGACGCAGAGAGAGGCGAGGGAAAUCCGGCAGGGGGAAAGGCGACGAUUCAGCGGAGGAGAGCGACUCAGACGCUCGUCGCAGAUACAAAGACAGAGAUCCUGGUUAUCCAAAUGGCAACGGGACAUAUCCCUAUCCGCCAGGUGCCUACGGCGAGAUGCGGCCAGAAGCAGUUCGCCAUAUGAGCUACACCGCCAACGAUCCUCGAUACGCUACCCCUGGAGCAUAUAAUGGUGGUGGCUCUGCGCCUGCACCACAACGCGCGAGUUCCUACGGUGGUGCCAACGGUCCGCAGUACGCCAAUCUCGAGCAGUAUAAAUACGCAGACCCGAGCGAAAUUGCACCACGAAGACCAGAGUACGAACGAUCUCGUCCAUCAGACUACGAACGGUCCCGCACAAAGGAUACUAGGGAAAAUGGUAACGAUUACAGGAGUAGCAAGUAUGAGACACGUACCCCAACGGAUAAGAAAUACGACGACGACAGAUUUGAGACCCGAGAACCUAAACGCAAAGAUCGCCGCGAUGAGUAUGACAAUUACGCUAGGAGCGACCGGAGACGUGACAAGGACAGAUAUGGCUCCUCGCCAGAAGAAGUGACCAAGAGGAUGCCAACUUUGGCAGUAGGAGGAGCAGCGCUGGGUGCUGCAACGUUAGGCGUGGCACAUCACAACUCUCAUGAUGGCAACAAGCCUCCACCUUCGCCCUUACUUGAAGCAUACAAGGGGACAUAUCAAUCCAUUUCACCCAUGCCUUCAGCCUUGGUUCUGGCCAACCACAAAGGCGAUUCGGAUUUGUCUGACUUCGAGCUUGAUCUAGAUGAUCGCGAUGCGGAUGCGGACGCCGAGCUGAAACGAAAGAUACGUCAGCUCGAAAGGGAGAAGGAAAAAUACACGAAGGGACACAACAGGGGUGCCAGUCUCGCAGAAACGACUCACGAGGUCCGACCACGUCGGCUGUCAAAGCUCGAUACCAAUUUGGAUGUUGAAGUCCGCGAACCCGGUAGUGCCAAUCGCGACCGCUCACCAUCUAGGAGCAUAAUGUCGCCAGGAGGGGGAAGCGGGAGAAGGAAGACCGUUUCAUUCUACGACCCAAGUGAGGAUGCCAAACGUAUCGCUGCUGCUCUGGCAGGCACACGGUCCGCACCAGAUCCACGUCCGCUGGUACAAAUCUUGCCCCGCCUUUCUACAGAUGAUCUGCUGGCCCUUCGGGCAGAAUACAAGAACCACGCCAAAGUAAGUGGGCAAGGUAUCAACAUGGCCAAGCACAUCAAAAUGCGUAUUCCUGGAAAUCUGGGAAAAGCGUGCUAUGCAACCGCCCUAGGCCGAUGGGAAAGCGAGGCAUAUUGGGCCAACUCAUGGUACCAAGGAGGUGCUUCUCGGCGAGAGUUAUUGAUUGAGAGUCUGAUGGGCCGCUCAAAUAGCGACAUCCGCGAGAUCAAGAACUGCUUCAAGGACAAGAAAUACAGCGAUGACCUCGAGAAGUGUAUCCGCACAGAACUGAAAGCUGACAAGUUCCGAGUCGCUAUCUUGUUGGCGCUCGAGGAGAGACGAAUGCCAGAAUCAACGCCACUGGACAUCAGGCUCAUCAAGGAAGAUGUGGUGCAGCUGGCAGAAGCCUUGGAAUCGAAGGGCGGAGAGACGGAUAUGAUCAAGAUCAUUGUCCUGCGGAGCGAUGCUCAUCUACGCGAAGUCCUCAGGCUAUUUGAGCGGACUUACGGCGUCAACUUUGCGCGGCAGAUGAUUUCCAAGUCGAGGAAUUUGGUCGGCGAGACAUUGGCACAUAUUCUGAAUGGUGCAUUGAACCGCCCCAUGCGUGAUGCACUGCUGCUACACCAGGCCAUCAACGAGACAGCUCCAGGGAAAGAGCGGACGGAACUAUUGAUAUCCAGGCUUGUCAGAAUGCACUGGGAGCCCAAGCACCUGGAACGGGUGAAGGCCGUGUAUAGAGAGCGAUACAGGUGCAGCGUGGAGGAGGAUGUCAAGAGGGAGGUUUGGGGCCAGAUGAAGACAGUGGAGGGACGUUUCUGUGCCGAAUUCUGCAUUGAAUUGAUUAGGAGCAGUUCAAUAUAG